UCAUGUCUUGUCGCUGUGAAGAUGAAGUGCAGGAAGAAGCCAAAGUUUUGAGCGGAUUUGUGAGUAUUAUAAUUACUGUUCUGAAUGGUGAAAAAUGGGUGGAUUCGUGUAUGGAAUCGAUUCUUCGGCAAGAAGGUGAUUGCGUCCGGGAAGUGUGUGUUUUCGAUGAUUGCAGCACAGAUGGAACUGUCCAGAAGCUCCUUAGCUGGACUUCUAGGCUCCUUGAGGUGAAUGUGCGACUUGUACUCACUGAGAACUCUCCAGGACGCCCGAGAGGAGUGGGUUUUGGAAGGAACAGAGCUAUACAAUCUUCUUCGGAAGAGUUUCUCUGCUUCCUGGACAUUGACGAUGAGAUGACACCAUGCAGAUGUUCUAAGCAAUUAGAAGUAGCCAAGAAGAAUACUCAGGCAAUCGUCGGAGGAAAGUUUGUCAGGGAUCCUCCGGAUUCUACGCACAGAUUCACAAAGUGGGCCAAUGAGAUACCCCAGGACAAGCUCAAAGUACAAAUAUACACAUCCCAUGGACCCACAGUCGUAAUGCCGACGUGGUUCUUUCACAGAAAUGUUUUUCUUUCUGUUGGAGGAUUUUCCGAGGAUGGAAAAGGAACUCCUGAAGACCUGAUCUUCUUCUACAGUCACUUAAAUCUCGGCGGUGAACUCUUCAGGGUUGAAGACACUGUUCUAAAGUACAGAUAUCACGAAGAAGCCACAACGUUUUCCAUUCAUUGGAAAACUAUCUGGAGACUCCGAAUGGAUCACUUGAUAGAACGCGUCUUCUGCAAAGAUCCCUGGACGAGUGGAUUCACAAUAUGGAAUGCUGGAAAGCAGGGAAAGCGCUUCUACAGAGAUCUUCCUGUGCCUCUGCAGAAGUUGGUCAGAUGUUUCUGUGACGUCGAUCCCCGGAAGAUCCGACGCUCUUUUCAGCCCUUUGAUCCCGCGACGAGGAAGUGUGGCUCAGAAAUUUCUAUAGUAGACUUCAGAGAAGCACAACCACCGAUCAUUGUGUGCAUGAAAAUGGAUCUCACGAACGGCGCCUUGGAGAACAACAUUAAGAGUUUGAACCUCGUGGAAGGAAUUGAUUACAUUUUAUUCUCUUGAUCGUACAAAAAGGGGAAAA